CUCUCAGUUCCUCUUUCUGACAGCUGAAAAUGACAGAAGUUCCCUCGUACAUGAUUCACAACCCUAAAUUUGAACCUUACAAGCCCAAAAAACGAUAUUCUUAUUCUUCUUCUUCGUUGCUCUCGAUCCUCCUAUCGAUCUUCACUUACGUCUUGAUCUUUUACGUUUUCGAAGUAUCUCCAUCGUCUAUCUUCAAAGACACAAAGGUUUUGUUCUUCAUCUCCAACACUCUCAUCUUCAUCAUCGCCGCUGAUUAUGGCGCUUUCACUUGUAAGGAGAAGCCCGACUUCUACGGUGAAUAUACCAUGGCGGCGGCAGCGAUGAGAAGCCGUGCAGAUCAUAACUAUUCUCCAGUUCCUGACUUCACAUACGGAGAAAACGCUAGACAUGAUAAAAACUCUGGCGGCAGAGAAAAAAUCAAGAUCCCUAAAGAUGUCGUGGAGUAUAAGGAAGAAGAACCGGUGGUAAAAGAGAUAGUCAGUGUUUCUUCGCCUCCUGAGAAAAUAGUACGGGAGGUGAGUGAGGAGAAGCCGAGAGACGUUGUGGCUAUCAAGAAAUACAAACCGUUUAGUGAGCAAACAGUUGAAGCUUGCCACACAAGAAACCAUGUGUACCGUAGAUCUUACGAACGAACUAAAUCAGAUAAAGCACGGGUGAAGACAGCCAAAAGUAAAAACUAUCGUCGAAGCGAAUCGGUUAGCUCGAAAUGGAUGGUUGUUCCAGAGAAAUGGGAGAACGUUGAAGAAGAAUCUGAAGAGUUCUCAAAGAUGUCGAACGAGGAGUUGAACAAGAGAGUCGAAGAAUUCAUACAAAAGUUCAAUAAACAGAUGAGAUUACAGUCACGAGUUUCGUCUACAUGAUCUGAAUUGCCCAUAGCAUAUAAAGUUAGUAAGAACUCUUGUUUUAUUUUGUUGUUAAGAGUUCUUUGUUUUUGGUUAAUACUUCGUGAUCGGAUGACGUUUUUGGCAGUCGUCGGUAUAAACUAAUAAUAUAAGACAUGAAAGCAUAAUAGUUACUGAU